GUCGCCAUGGCUUCCCUCGAGAAGAUGGGCGAACGGCUCGGGCGUUCCGAGCUCACCCGGCAGUACGUGGGCCCAAUCCGCCAGCAUCCGGUGCCCAAGGUCGUGGCCCAGGCAACGGCAGACGCGCAGGCCGACUCCGUCUUCGGGGACUUGGAAGCGCUGCCUCCGGACGAGCGCGAAUGCAACAUCCAGGCGGCGAUGGGCGAGGACGAGGGGGGAGGAGAGGCUGAGGAGGUCGAAGCCAAGAAGGCCAGACUGGACACAGCGGGCCAGAAUAUCUACAAGCAGCUCAAACAGGUGCAGGGCAGGCUUGGGAAGCACAAGGGUCGGCAACGUCUUCAGUGCCGACUCCCUGGUGCAACCGACCUUCUGCAGCUGUGCCCCGUGGAGUUCUGCCCUUUCAAGAUCAACAUGAUUCUGCCAGCAUGGGAGGAGCAUGCUGACUUGGUCCUUGUAGGGGGCAACGCCGACAGCUGGAACUCCUUUGCGUUGGUGGUGGACUGGCUGGCGGACGAGGCGAAGGUAGGCAAGUUGGAGUCGUUCGGGCUGACGGCGAGCAGCCCUUGGCCACACUUGACGUUUGUGCAGGAGACGCGCAUCAAUGCCGCGAAGAGGGCUACCUCGGCUGAGACAUGGUCCCGCGAUCGGCACAUGCAGCUGACCUUAGGCGUGACCAGCUCGACUGGUCCAGGGGCCACCGAAAGUACAUCUGGAAUGGGGGUCCUGGUCAACGAG